AUGAUCGACAGAAAUCAAAGUGACACAUGUCAAUGUGUCGUUAAUUUCACCUUAGAGCAACAAUUUCCCAAGGACGUGUUCUUCUACUAUAUGCUGGAAAACUUUUAUCAGAACCAUCGAAUGUUCGUAAUAUCCCGUGACGAUGGCCAGCUUCGUGGGAAUGUCGAUAAAACACCCUCUCCAAGAUGUCAUCCGUUCGAUUACGUACACCGUGACAACCUAACGCUGCCUAUUGCCCCAUGUGGAUUAAUCGCAAACGCUAUCUUCAACGAUACAUUUGAGCUGUAUCAGCAGCAAACACCAGUGCCGCUCAUCGGUGGGGCAUCGGUGUGGCCACACGAACGACGCUUGAAGUUCCGAAAUCCUCCCGGUGACCUGCGCCAGGCGCUUGCAAACUUUUCCCGACCUCCGUCGUGGUCCCGUGAACUAUGGGAACUGGAUGAGCAAAAUCCAGACAACAACGGUUUCCAGAACGAGGAUCUCAUCAACUGGAUGCGUCCGGCAGCACUACCCACUUUUCGUAAGCAACAUAGACGUGUCGACCAUUCGAUACCACCUUUUGAAGAUGGUAUACCGGGCGGAAGCUAUACUUUGCACAUCCGAUACAACUACCCGGUGGCAUCGUUUGGUGGACGCAAAUCAAUCAUUCUUAGCUCACCAUCCUGGAUGGGUGCCCGUAAUCCGUUUAUGGGGUACCUGUUUCUAACUGUUGGUGCUCUUAAAAUGAUCCUGAGCUGUAUAAUUUGCACUGUUCUCUAUUUUUACAAGUAA